UAUAGCCGCAACAGCUGAUCUUGUGCUUCAGAGAGAGCUGCAGCUCCGCACACGAAGAGCAGAGAUAAAAGAGAGAGAGAGAGAGAGAGAGAGAGGGAGAGAGGAGAAGCAAAGGAAAGGAGGGUGAAGGAAAAAAACCAACAUAUUUUGUAGCUUCUCUGAUACUCCAGGUGGAGUUUUUCUCUUUUUUAAUGGUAUCUUUUCUGAGCAAUACUUUUAUAGGAUUGUGAGAAAACCUCCGCAGCUCGUUUUGUUCUUUUUUUUAAAGAAAUGUUUCAGUGACAGAACGUCUUGAGUCGCUUCCUGGACUGAGCUGUUGUGUUUUUGAACCCAUUUAACCUUUUAUUCUCUUUGACUGUCUGCGCACACCUCAGUGUGUGUGUGUGUGUGUGUGCGCGGUGCUCCGCUUGUUUUCGUGCAUCUAUACCUCCUAGGAGUGUGCUCUCCACGGAAAUACACCCGGAGUUGAGGCACCUGCAAGGGAAUCUGAACUGACGAGUGCUUCCUUUGGACUUGAAGAACCUUUAAGUUGAAGGAAACUGUUUCUCUUCUAAUUGUUCCUCUGGUUAAUAAAGGGAGUCUACGGCGAGAGAAGCUGUCCGGUGCUGAACCCCGGAGACUGAACGCGAGCCGCCAGGAGCUGUUCUUUGUGAGCUGUCCGGUGCUGAACCUAACAGACUGAACAUCAGCUGCUCCCUGAGAGCUGUCCGGUGCUGAAUCUCUCAGCCUCGGUGGGAGCAGCGAAAGAGCGUUCUCUGGGAGCUGUCCGGGGCUGAAGCGAACAGACGGCAGCUGUGUGGGAGCUGUCCGGGGCUGAACGUCGGCGUUAAAUGCCUCCGGUUUAGAACACGGACAGAACAGUAUUACUUUUAGCCCAAAACCGCUGUUAAAACAAACAAAAGGGACAGAUCUUUUCACUGGAUUUCUGUGCCGGGAAAAGCCAUACAAGAACCCAUUAUUUUUUACGUGUGACUCCACAGGUCUUCCAGAAUGUAAUCUGAUCUUAGUUUAUUAAAGCAACUAAUAAAAAAGAAGACCGAAUGCCGAUUUAAAAUACAUUCCAGAAACGCACUUGUAAUGUUUAGAGAGAUACAAAUACAAGUAGUAGUUGAAAAGAACUCAUAGAAUGUCUAAGGCUCAGGCAUUAAGAUAAAUCAAGCAAUAGGUGUUAGAUAACGGUUUGGCUUGAGUUGGAAGUCGGUUAGUAAAGAAUUCAUUUUUCCUGUGCGUGUGGCCUUACACACACCGUCUCAUCAUGCCUCGGUCAUUUUUGGUCAAGAAAGUCAAAUUGGACGAUUUCUCAGCUUCAGAGCUGGAGAGCUCCUACAGCGACGACCGAAGAGAUGAACUGAGUCUGCAGUUCCAUCACCAUGAUAAAGGCUACGUUAGUGAUUAUCUGAGUCCGAACCCUUACGACGAUGUGGUGGGGAGCGACUCAUCCGUCAUCUCUAAAGUACCCUCCCCGAGCCACUCGUCCAUCAUCUACAGCCGCAUCGAUGACACCUACACCAGAAUCCACGGCGACAUCCACGGCGACUCGGACCAGCCUGACAGCCCGCGGUCAGAGGUCUCGUCAUCCGCCGGCGGAUACAUCAACGGCGAUGCGGCCGUGAGUGAGGGCUACAGCGUGGACGCAUUUUUCAUCAUGGACGGGCGAUCCAGGAGGAAAGCCACGGGGAAUCCGAGAGGCAGCGCCCAGAGGCACACCUGCAGCGAGUGUGGCAAAACCUACGCCACGUCCUCAAACCUGAGCCGACACAAGCAGACGCACCGGAGCGUGGACAGCAAACUGGCCAAGAAGUGCCCCACCUGUGGGAAAGUGUACGUCUCCAUGCCUGCCAUGGCCAUGCACCUUCUGACCCACGACCUCAAGCACAAGUGCGACGUGUGCGGCAAAGCCUUCAGCCGGCCGUGGCUGCUGCAGGGCCACAUGCGUUCCCACACGGGGGAGAAACCGUUCGGUUGUGCGCACUGUGGGAAAGCCUUCGCCGACCGCUCGAACCUACGCGCUCACAUGCAGACGCACUCGGCCUUCAAACACUACAAGUGCAAGCGGUGUGACAAGACGUUUGCGCUCAAGAGUUAUCUGAACAAACACUACGAGUCCGCCUGCUUCAAGGGAGCGUUUUCUCCUCUGAGCUCCACGGGGGAAUGAUGGGUCUCAGAGAGAGAAGCUGAGGGAUUCUCCCCUCUUCAUUUAGAUCAGAAUGUACUCUGGACUCACUCCCUGCUUUUUUAUGCUUCCCACAACAAGAAGGCCAGUCCAACUGAGCAAUGCAAAAGAGGGGUGCAGUUUCAGAAAAGGAUCAUGAUGCAAAUGACAAAAAUAGAUUGAGACGCAUCUGUUUCAAUCAAGAUCCUUCAGUUUUCUCAUUUGCUGCCUGUUUGUCUGAAGGGAAAAGUUUUUGAUGCCUGAUUUAGUUUGUCACAUGCUUGGAUGAUUAACAUCCCCCGUCUGAGGCUGUUUGGGGGAAUCUUUGAAGAUAAAUUAAGCACAGCACAUCUAGCUCAUCAUAUUUUGGAAGAUAUCUAAAUCUAUUUGUGUCAAUUUGAACCCUGUUUUUUUUUCUUUUCUAAAACAACCCAUCCAUGAUGAAACAAUCCUGAAGCACAACCACAUCCACAACUGCCUGCCGUUUCUGUGAGGAGGAAUUCAGCAACACUCAAACACACCUUUCAUUCUUUUGCAAAUGAACUUAUAUUUCUGGGCCUUUUUACAGACACUGUUUCAACACCUGAAUGCAUCGCCUGUCCUGUGUUUUACUUCAAACUGAACCUUACGAUGACAUGAAGCAUCAAAACCUGGAACUCGUCGCUCCACUCGUGACAUGUUUCACCCACUGGACUCUGUGUCAGUGGACACUGAUGCAGCACUGAACUGUGAAGAACGUGAAGUGCAAACCUGCCAUAUCCAACACAGCGGUUGAUGAGUUUGGGUUUUUUUUUUGUUAUUUGUCCUUUACUUGAAAGAACACACUGAAGUGAAAGAGUUACGACAGAAGAACUAGAACUAGAACUAGA